AUGACGCUCUACUACAAUGCCACUCCUGCCAGCAGAACCACCUCUCAGACAGACUGGAACAACCACGAUGAAUUCUUCAAAUUCACACGAGGCCGCUUUCUCGUCGAUGAAGCCAUAAACCGCCGCAUGCGCGAAAUCCAGUUCGACAUGAACAGCCUCGCCCGUGUCGCAGCAGAAUCAGUCGGAGCCACUCACUGCACCUCCAUACAGAAGUACCCCGACGGCAUGUUCAACAAGGCCUUUCUCAUGUCGAUGGACAAUGGCCGCGAAGUCGUAGCCAAGGUUCCUAAUCCGAAUGCUGGUAUUCCGCAUCUAACGACAGCUAGCGAGGUUGCUACCAUGGACUUUGCCAGAAACGUGCUUGAAACACCAGUGCCUCGUGUCUAUACAUGGAACUCGCAUGCACAAUCACACCCAGUUGGGGCUGAGUUCAUCAUCUUGGAGAAAGCUGCCGGCGUUCCUCUUUCUCAUGUCUGGGAGACACUGAAACUACCUCGGAAGCUACAAGUGCUUCUUGCCGUGAUACGUCUACAGAAGAAAUGGCUGAGCGUGUUAUUCUCGCAUUACGGUAGCUUAUACUACGCAAAAGACAUCCAAGUAUCACCACCAGAAGACACCCACUACAUCAAGAACGGCAAAGCCGUCAAGGAUUCACAAUUCGCCAUCGGCCCUACCACAGGCCGCGAUUGGUGCGAUGCGAGCCGCUCACUUUUGGAUAUAGAUAGAGGACCAUGGUCCGAUAUACUCCAAUUUCUGCAAGCACCCUAUUCUGCGGCCCAAACCAAACUCACAGCUUUAUCCCACUACCUCCAAAUCCUCGAAUCCCUCAUCCCAAAAGACACAGCCCUAACCAACCCCCACCUCUGGCACAACGACCUCCACGACGACAACAUCUUCAUCGACCCGCAGAACCCCGAAUCCAUCACUUCCAUAAUCGACUGGCAAUCAACCCAUGUCUCCCCUCUCUUCAACCACAAUCCCGAUCCAGCCUUCCUCGACUGGACGGAUGGCCUCGAACCCGAGACGCUCGACCUACUACCUAGACCAAAUCUCUCCGGUCUCACUCCCCAGGAAAGAGCCGCAGCAGUGCGCGAAUACACCACCCAGAACUUAUUCAUCGGAUGGCGUAAGCUCACGCGCGCCAAGAACCCAGCUCUAUAUCGAGCUAUCGAGUUCAGAAAGACGCCCGCGUACAGGUUGAUAUUCCUCGCUCAUCGAAUGUUCGAGUAUGGCGAGGCGCAUUUCAUGUCGCUGCUUGUUGAUAUGAAGGAUCAUUGGGGAGAUUUACCAGAUACUGGUGAUGUCCCGUUCCCGUUUGAGUUCACAGAUGCGGAGAUCGAGCGCAUUAAAGUGGCCUGUGAUGGAGCGGUGGCGGGGACGGAGCUUGUCGAUGGGGUGAAGGAGCAAUUGGGUGGUUUGUGGCCGGAUAAGGGGCUUAUUGAGAAUGAGAGGUAUGAGGAGUGUAGGGCUGCGCUGGGGGAAGUUAGGGAUCGGAUUGUGGAGGAGUUGGGAGAGAGUGAGGAGGAGAGGGAGGAGUAUCGGCGGUGGUGGCCUUUUGAUUGA